AUGCUGCGGGGUUCUCGCGUGCUACUAGGGGGAGGCCCCGGUCGUUCUCUUUGCAACCCUACGGCUCAUGGCCUCUCUGAUGGGCCUUACCGUCGUCUUAAGUUUGUCUUAAACCGUCAAAUAGCUCGAAAACGAUACAGAGAUGUUUUGGUCUCUGCGGACGUUGAUGGGUUGUUGUGUACGGCGAGCGAGUUGCUGCUGAACUCUGCCCCUUACUAUUCCCUCUUGUCUUCUGCUUUGGGAUCGUCUCCCAAGGCGACCCCCGAGGCUACCUCCAAGACGAUCCCCAGAGGGACAGUAAAAAGGUUUUUCGUCGCCUUGGCGCCUUUGUUCGGCGCUCUUGAUUCUGCCCCAAGCCGCAGCGGAACGCGCCGUCGCAUGCAGCAGCAGCAGCUGCUGCUGCAGCACCGUCAGCACGCAGCAGCAGCAGCUGCUGCUGCAACGGAAGCCUCUGCAGCAGCAGGAGUGACGCCUGCAGGAAGCGAAGUUCUGCGGAUUUUAGAGGCAGCGACACCGAAACAGCAGCAGCAGCAGCAGGUGGAGCAGCAACUGCAGCUGCUCGGUCGUCUUGUGUGGCGCAAGAUCGCGGCUUCUGUUCCCUUCUUCCAACCUGCAGAACUAAACAGGACAGUCCUCGCGCUAAACGGUUGCGGCCUUCGCGUGCCUCCCCUCCUCAAACAAAUCGAAGACAGAGCGCUGGCUGUACACUCCCAAUUUUCAGCUGCUGAUGCGCUGGAGCUACUUCGGGGUUUUGCUGCUGCUGCGUUUGACUGCGAUGCAUUGCUGCAAUCUUUCGAACCGCUGCUGCUGCAGCACGCCAGCACCUUAACGAGGAAAGAAGUGCAUCUGCUGCAGCACCUAAUAGACGAAGCAGAUCACUCAAAUUGGUUUGAGGCGCUGCCUACAAGCGACUACUACGUUGACGGCGGCAGCAUUGGGCGUCGUUAUUUAGGUGUCUGCGCCUCUUUGGCUAUUUCUUAUAAAAAUAUACAAAAUAUAAAGAAUAAUAAUCCAUUUGAAGGCAAUUGCAUCACCACAGCAGCAGCAAGAACAGCAACUGCAGCAGCCGCAGCACCAGCAGCACCGGCAACGCCUGAGCCUAGGACGCUCGCUCUCCUGUCUCUGCGCGCAGUGUAUCAAUAA